GGAGCGGUUCCAGGCAUGCUCCGCGGGGUCCGCGCCUGGAGGCUCCCGUAUGGGGGGCUCGAGCCCUCCAGGACCUACUUCUCCAGGUUGCCUAUCACACCCAGCAGCAGUGGCCAAAGCGGCGCCGAGCCGAGACCCGUUCCGCUUUCCUACAAGCUUCUGGAUGGGGAGGCGGCCCGCCCGGCCCUCGUCUUUCUGCACGGGCUCUUCGGCUGCAAAACCAACUUCAACUCUAUUGCCAAAGCCCUGGCUCAGCAGACUGGCCGGAGGGUGCUGACAGUGGAUGCUCGGAACCAUGGUGACAGCCCCCACAGCCCAGACAUGAGCUAUGAGGCCAUGAGCCAAGACCUGCAGGACCUCUUGCCCAAGCUGGGCCUAGUGCCCUGUGUUCUCAUUGGCCACAGCAUGGGAGGCAAGACAGCCAUGCUGCUGGCACUACAGAGGCCAGAGCUGGUGGAACGUCUAGUUGCCGUGGACAUCAGCCCAGUGGAGACCACAUCCAGCUUGAACUUUCCAGCCUACAUGGCAGCCAUGAGGGCCAUAGAUAUCCCAGAUGAGGUCUCUCGCUCUUGUGCCCGCAAACUGGCUGAUAAACAACUCAGCUCUUUAAUCCAGGACAUGGCCGUCCGGCAGUUCCUGCUCACCAACCUGGUGGAGGCAGACGGGCGCUUCGUGUGGAGGGUGAACUUGGAUGCCUUGGCCCAGCACGUGGACAAGCUCUUGGCCUUCCCACCACAACAAGAAUCCUACCCUGGGCCAACCCUCUUCCUCCUUGGUGGAAACUCUGAAUUUGUGCAUCCCAGCCACCAUCCUGAGAUUAGGCGACUCUUCCCUCGGGCCCAGAUGCAGACCGUGCCUAAUGCUGGCCACUGGAUCCAUGCCGACCGCCCACAGGACUUCAUGGCUGCCAUCCGAGGCUUCCUGACCUAAGAGGUGCUGGCCAGAGGGAUCGUGUUUGAAACCCCAGGUGUUAAGGUCCUGCAGCCUGUUCCCUGUUUUCACAGAGAAGGACUCAGGUGACACUAAGAGGGCACAAGGUGCAAAGGUGGUCGGACCUCAAGUUUUAAUGAAUAAAGAUACUGCUCUCAA